GGUCCGCCCGCCUCCCUCCUCCCGUCCUCCCGGCCCGGUCCCCUCCUCCCGCCGCCCUCCCCGCGGGGGAAUAUGGUCCCCAGCCAUGGACGCCCCCGGUGCAGGAUAUGCCUUUGAGUACCUUAUUGAAACAUUAGAUGACAGAUCACCUAAGAAGUUCUUCAAUGUACCUAAACUUGGAGGCGCCAAGUAUGAUGUUCUGCCUUACUCAAUACGGGUCCUGUUGGAAGCUGCUGUGCGAAACUGUGAUGGCUUUUUCAUGAAAAGGGAAGAUGUCAUGAACAUUUUAGACUGGAAAACCAAACAGCGCAAUGUUGAAGUGCCCCUUUUCCCUGCCCGUGUCCUUCUCCAGGAUUUCACUGGAAUACCAGCUAUGGUGGAUUUUGCUGCUAUGCGAGAAGCAGUGAAAACCCUUGGCGGAGACCCUAAGAAAGUGCACCCUGCUUGUCCAACUGACCUCACGGCUGACCACUCUUUACAGAUAGACUUCAGCAAAUGUGCAAUACAAAAUGCACCCAAUCCUGGAGGUGGUGACCUACAGAAGUCAGGAAAGCUCUCUCCACUGCGAGCACCCAGGAAGCCUCCUCCGUGUCGAGGCCAGACUCCCUGCCGAGGACCGUGCGAUUCUGGAGAGCUAAGCCGAACCUCAGGAACAUUUUCUUCACAGAUCGAGAACACACCCAUCCUGUGUCCUUUUCAUUUGCAACCAGUGCCUGAACCUGAAGCAGUGUUAAAAAAUCAAGAAGUUGAAUUUGGCAGAAAUCGAGAGAGACUUCAGUUUUUUAAGUGGAGCUCACGAGUGUUCAAGAAUGUGGCUGUCAUACCACCUGGAACUGGAGUUGCUCACCAAGUGAACUUAGAAUGCCUGUCACGAGUGGUUUGUGAAGACAAGGGCUUCCUCUUCCCUGACAGCGUAGUUGGCACAGACUCUCACAUCACCAUGGUCAAUGGUUUGGGGAUUCUUGGGUGGGGAGUGGGGGGCAUUGAAACAGAAGCGGUCAUGCUUGGCCUGCCCGUGUCUCUUACUUUACCAGAGGUGGUUGGGUGUGAGCUCGCUGGCUCGUGCAAUCCUUUCGUGACAUCCAUAGAUGUUGUUCUUGGCAUUACAAAGCACCUCAGACAAGUAGGAGUGGCUGGAAAGUUCGUUGAGUUUUUCGGAAGUGGAGUUUCACAGUUAUCUGUUGUUGAUCGAACUACCAUAGCAAACAUGUGUCCAGAAUAUGGUGCUAUCCUCAGCUUUUUCCCUGUUGACAAUGUGACAUUGAAACACUUAGAACAUACAGGUUUUGACAAAACCAAACUUGAGUCUGUGGAAAAAUACCUGAAAGCUGUGAAGUUGUUUAGGAAUGACCAGAGUUCUUCUGAGCCUGAAUACUCACAGGUGAUACAGAUUAACCUAAACUCAAUUGUUCCAACUGUCAGUGGUCCCAAAAGACCUCAGGACAGAGUCGCAGUGACGGAUAUGAAAAGUGAUUUCCAGGCUUGCCUAAAUGAAAAGGUUGGAUUUAGAGGCUUCCAAAUUGCUGCUGAGAAACAAAAUGACGUCAUGUCCAUUGAUUAUGAAGGAAGCGAGUAUAAGCUGUCUCAUGGGUCGGUGGUCAUUGCGGCUGUCAUCAGCUGCACCAAUAACUGCAACCCUUCUGUCAUGCUUGCUGCAGGUCUUUUGGCUAAGAAGGCUGUGGAAGCUGGGCUGCGUGUGAAGCCAUACAUAAGAACAAGCGUGUCUCCAGGCAGUGGCAUGGUGACUCACUACCUCAGCUCAAGUGGUGUGCUGCCCUAUCUUAGUAAGCUGGGAUUUGAAAUAGUUGGCUAUGGAUGUUCAACCUGUGUGGGGAACACAGCGCCCUUAUCAGAAGCGGUUCUAAAUGCAGUGAAACAGGGUGAUUUGGUUACCUGUGGAGUUUUAUCCGGAAACAAAAAUUUUGAAGGCCGUCUUUGUGAUUGCGUCCGUGCCAAUUACCUUGCCUCUCCCCCACUGGUGGUGGCCUAUGCCCUGGCAGGCACAGUGAACAUAGAUUUCCAGACAGAGCCUUUAGGGACUGACCCUACUGGCAAGGAUGUUUACCUGCGUGAUAUUUGGCCUAGUCGAGAAGAGGUUCAACGGAUAGAAGAAGAACAUGUUAUUUUGUCCAUGUUUAAAGCACUGAAAGGGAAGAUAGAGACGGGAAACAAGCGGUGGAAUUCUCUAGAAGCCCCCGACUCCGUUUUGUUCCCGUGGGACUUGAAGUCAACUUAUAUCAGAUGUCCCUCGUUUUUUGAUAAGCUUACCAAAGAGCCUGCUGCCAUCCGGCCUAUCAAGAAUGCUCACGUCUUGCUGUAUUUGGGGGACUGUGUCACAACCGAUCACAUAUCGCCUGCUGGGAGCAUCGCACGGAGCAGUGCAGCUGCCAAGUACUUGACAAACAGAGGCCUUACCCCUCGUGAAUUCAACUCUUACGGAGCCCGGAGAGGCAAUGAUGCCGUGAUGACAAGAGGCACUUUUGCAAACAUCAAGCUUUUUAAUAAAUUUAUUGGAAAGCCAGCUCCCAAAACAAUCCAUUUUCCAUCAGGACACACGAUGGAUGUAUUUGAAGCUGCGGAACUGUACCAAAAAGAAGGUAUCCCACUGAUUAUUUUAGCAGGAAAGAAGUAUGGUUCGGGGAAUUCAAGAGAUUGGGCCGCCAAAGGACCGUAUUUACUGGGUGUGAAAGCUGUUUUGGCUGAAAGUUAUGAAAAAAUCCACAAAGAUCAUCUGGUUGGGAUGGGCAUAGCCCCACUGGAGUUCCUUCCAGGAGAGAAUGCAGACUCCCUGGGGCUGUCUGGCAGGGAGACCUUCUCCUUGACGUUUCCUGAAGAGCUAUCUCCUGGAAUGGCAUUGAACAUGAAGACAAGCACUGGAAAGGUAUUCAGCGUGAUUGCUUCAUUUGAAAAUGAUGUGGAAAUAACCUUGUUCAAACAUGGAGGAUUAUUAAACUUUGUGGCACGGAGAUUCUCCUAGUAUCUUCUCCCCGCCAUGCCAGGCGCGGGUGAUGGUAACUGCAGACAGUCUUUCAUGCCGGCCCCAGGGGUCCUUGCUACGGCGCCACAGCAGGUCCAGUGUCCUGGUGACUCAUCCUGGACGUAAGUGAUUGUGAUCAAUAUAGUGACUGAAAAGCGAUCUUUUUAAAUACUAUACGAAUGGUGCUAUUAACACUGCUGAAAUCAACGUGUGAUGUGUGUUGUGGAAGAGCCUGUAAGUAUGGGUGGGGGUAUUUUAUCAGACCAUUUUGUAAAUAAAAGGCAGAAUUGGACCUUG